UUUCGUUCAUUUAUUUUCUUAUCUGUUUCUGUAAUGGCUGGCUAUUUUGCGUGGUGGAACUUGUGAUUUGUUUGAUUGCAUUUGACUGUCGUUUUUCAUUACAAUCCAUACUGAAUUCACAUAAAAUGAAGUCUAAAAAGCGUCACCAGUCAUCAUCAGAAGAGUCGGAGGUAUCUGAAGCUAGUGUGGAAUCAAAGAGUUCGUCGGAAAGCGACAGUGAAGAAUCCUCGGCGUCAGAACACCGGCACAAGAAAAAAAGAAAACGUGCUGACUCUUCAGAUUCAGAAAGCGAUUCCGACGACCAGAGGCGUUCAAAGAAACGGAAACAUAAGAAAAAGAAGAAGAAACAUGGCAAAAAGAAAAGGCGUUCAGAGUCUCCCGAGGGAAGUCAGUCAGUAGAGGAAGUUUCUUCCGUCAGCGAAGGUGAAAUCUCUCCGAAAAAAAAGAGAAAACACAAGCACAAGCACAAACAUUCUAAAAGAGCCCGCAGCUCCUCUGCUAGUGUAAUAAUUGAAGAAGAGGUGCCAGCGGAACGGCGUCUGCACAGCGUCGUUAAGGAGCGCCGUGAAUCGUCAGAAGAACGUGGCCAGCCUCGAACUUAUUACCCGCGAGACUAUCAUCAGUCAACAGCGGAAAGUGUUGAGAGGGAUCGGGAAGUGCAGCGAUUUUAUCGGGGCUCCAGCAAAGAGCGGAGAUACCAGGAGCAGUACCGCUAUACCCAUGAACGCAAUGACAGAUUCCAAUAUGACAAAUAUAAAAAUAGUGAGAAAUAUGACCAGACUCAUUCCAAUGAGGAGGAUUACAGUCAAAGGCAGAGACAUUAUGAUGAAUAUAAAAGAAACCAAAGGUAUGAAGAGCAUCGGCCACCUGUAGAAGAAUACCACAAACGUCCCAGAGAUGAUAAUUACCAUUCCAGGGAGGACCCUAGAGGGUUCAACCGUUACAACCAACAUGAGGACAGAAGGCCUAAGCGACCUGACUACGACAAUGGCAGGGAUUACAGGGAAAGGAGACCACCUCCCGAAGAACGCUACCGCGAGAGGGAAUAUCCGGACAAGAGGGAAAGGUUCAGGGAAGAAGGAUAUGUCUCAGAAAGGCCCCGGGACGGACGCCGCGACCGCCCCUUCCGGCCGGAGCCGAAGCCCUUCCCUCCGCACCACAGGGAGCCGUCUCGAUCGGGAAGCCCGGAGCCGCGCUACACGAGCCAGGAGCGGCGCCGGCCCGACGAGCGCGCCAAGUCCGGCCUCCGCGACCAGCGCCCCGAGCGACCCGCAGACUCCAAACCUCCCAGGGAUAGAAAGACCAGGUUCACAAACGUCGACGAGAAAGAUUACACGUGGGGCAAAGCCGAAGCGGGCAAGGAGGCGGCCGCGGCCGGCGACAAGGAGAAACCCAACUUCGGGCUGUCGGGCAAGCUCACGGCCGAGGCCAACACCGUCAACGGGGUCGUCAUCAAGUACGCAGAGCCCGAAGACGCAAAGCAGCCCAAGAGGCGGUGGAGAUUCUACCCCUUCAAGGGCGACAAGGCUCUCCCGAUCCUGUACAUCCACCGGCAGUCGUGCUUCCUGAUCGGGCGCGACAAGAAGGUGGUGGACAUCGCGCUGGAGCACCCGUCCAUCAGCAAGCAGCACGCCGCGCUGCAGUACCGCUGCACGCCCUUCACGCGGCCCGACGGCACGCAGGGCCGCCGUGUGAGGCCCUACGUCAUAGACUUGGGUACGUUACAACAACACCCGUCCAUCAGCAAGCAGCACGCCGCGCUGCAGUACCGCUGCACGCCCUUCACGCGGCCCGACGGCACGCAGGGCCGCCGUGUGAGGCCCUACGUCAUAGACUUGGGUACGUUACAACAACACCCGUCCAUCAGCAAGCAGCACGCCGCGCUGCAGUACCGCUGCACGCCCUUCACGCGGCCCGACGGCACGCAGGGCCGCCGUGUGAGGCCCUACGUCAUAGACUUGGGUACGUUACAACAACACCCGUCCAUCAGCAAGCAGCACGCCGCGCUGCAGUACCGCUGCACGCCCUUCACGCGGCCCGACGGCACGCAGGGCCGCCGUGUGAGGCCCUACGUCAUAGACUUGGACUCGGCGAACGGCACGUUCGUGAACAACAAGAAGGUGGAGGGGCGGCGCUUUGUGGAGCUGCUAGAGCGCGACGUGGUGAAGUUCGGGUUCUCGGCGCGCGAGUACGUGCUGCUGCACGAGAACAGCAAGGACGACGCGCAGGACGACGACAACCAGGACGUCGCCGCCGCCGUCGCCACCACCGACCAGAUCAAGCGCGAGAAGCGCGUCAAGCAGGAGAUGGUCGAGGACGGCGAGUAG